CAUUGUCCGAGUGUUCAUGAAGGCAUCACAGGGGAAACGGCAGGAAUGUGGUUUGGUUGCUGACAUGUCCUUUAAAAGGGAAGAAGAGGAUUGAUCACCAUGAAUGAUCAUAUCGAUCUACGUUCACCGUAAAGUCAAAUUAUGUCCUGUCCUCUUCCAUUGCUCAAUUUUGCAGAGCUUGCUACGGAAGCUAACAGUUGUGUUUUGACAGCUCAGCGUGUUUGUAUAGCGCUAGGCUAGCUAACGAGGGCUAGCUAGCUGACUAACACCAGCUCUCUUUAACAGAAACACAAACAACAUGAGCUGAGGGAGGCGGCUCAGCUCGCUGACUAACCUCACGUUGCUUCCGAAAAGCAACAGUGUCUGCCAGGUAACGUUAGUUAACGUCAUGCAUGCAGCCGGGCCUCUAGCCUGCGCUUUGUACCCUCCCAGCCACUGAUCCAGUGUCCUUCCAGUAGGUGGAGGCUCUUCCUCCCUCUAGCCUCCGUUUCUCCCCACUGCCCCCCAUCAGCCCCAGAGUUCCCUAUGCUAACCCUCUUGAGCAUGUUUUACUAUAUAUGUCUGCGGCGACGCUCCAGGAGUGGGACUCGAGGCGAGGCUCUUACCAGCCGGAGGGCCGUUGAGUCCGGCCAGCGGGCAGUGUUGCCGGUUAGUGUGGAGGUGGAGCAGUAUGCCAAGGAGGUUCUGGACUUCAGCUCCCACUAUGGCAGUGAGAAUAGCAUGUCCUACACCAUGUGGAAUCUGGCCGGGGUACCCAACGUCUACCCCAGCUCAGGAGACUUCACUCAGACGGCUGUAUUCAGAGCUUAUGGGACGUGGUGGGAACAGUGUGCCAGUGCUCCGCCACCUUUCCGCCGCAACCCUAAAGGCUUCCACAGCCAGGAUUAUAUUGAGCUGGGUUUCGAGGAGCCUGUCUACCCUACAGCAGUGGACGUGCUUGAGACUUAUUACCCUGGAACCAUUGUCCAGAUUCUGGCCUGCUCUCACAACCCCUUCUCCCAGAACCCACCAACUGAUGUCAGGUGGGAGGUGCUGUGGUCAGGUGAGCCCACCAAGGUGCUGACACCCCAGGCACGUCAGUUUUCCCCUAACAUCAAGCACAUCAGCUUCCCCACGAACCUGCUGCGACUGGAGGUCAACAGCUCUCUGCUGGACUACUACACCGAGCUGGACGCUGUAAUCCUGCGUGGGGUAAAAGAGAGGCCCAUGCUGGCCCUCUAUAAGAUGCCUAUGAUCGACAUAAAUGACCUGAGUGACAGCGAGGAGGAACUGUCUGAUGUGGGAGGUCCAUACAGACAAGGAGGAGAUGGCAAGCACCAGAGGACAGGCAAUGGCUACUUUGACAAACUGCCCUAUGAGCUCAUCCAGCUGAUACUGAGCCACCUGACCCUGCCAGACCUCUGCCGUCUGGCCCAGAGCUGUAAGCUGCUGCACCAGCACUGCUGCGACCCGCUGCAGUACACCCAGCUGAGUCUGCAGCCCUACUGGGGCCGGCUGAGUGACGCCUCCUUGGGCCACCUGCAGAGCCGCUGCACCCUCCUCCAGAGGCUCAACCUGUCCUGGACCGGCAACCGCGGAGCUCUCACCCUGACCGGCUUCAGCAGCUUCAUGAAGGACUGUGGUCUAAGCCUCGGCAGCCUGGAGCUGUCAUGCUGCCACUUCCUGAAUGAGGCCUGUCUGGAGGUCAUCUCUCAGACUUGUCCUGGGCUGCAGGAGCUCAACCUGUCCUCCUGCGACCGCCUCCACCCGCAGGCCUUCGCACACAUCUCCAAACUAACACGACUCCGCAGGCUGGUGCUCUAUCGGACCAAGAUAGAGCAAACAGCUAUCCUGAGCAUCCUGACUUUCUGCAUAGAGCUGAGACACCUCAACCUGGGGAGCUGUGUGAGGAUUGAGGACUAUGACGUUGUGGCCAGUAUGCUGGCUGCUCGCUGUCGCUCACUUUGCUCGCUGGACCUGUGGCGCUGCAGAAACCUGACUGAUCGAGGCCUGGGCGAGCUUGUCUCUGGCUGCAGGAUGCUGGAGGAGUUGGACCUGGGCUGGUGUCCCACGCUGCAGAGCAGCACAGGAUGUUUCCAGCAGCUCGCCCGCAGCCUGCCACGCUUGCGCAAACUCUUCCUCACCGCAAAUCGCACUGUCUGUGACUCAGAUGUAGAGGAGCUGGGGGCCAGCUGCCCCUCACUGCAGCACCUCGACAUACUGGGUACGCGGUUGGUGAGUCCUGCCUCACUGAAGAAACUCCUCAAGUCCUGUCCACGACUUCUCCUCCUGGACGUCUCCUUCUGUUCUCAAAUAGACAUGCGGGUCGUCCAAGAGCUCUCCAGCCUCUUCCCCAAUGUGGCCAUCAAGAAGAGCUUCACUCAGUGACCCCAGCAUCGUCUCGUUUCCCACAGUCCAGAUGAAGUAAGAGGAGGGAGGUGCUCGCCUGCAGACACUGCCCCAAAGUAAAUAAGAAGCAGGUCAGAUGUUGUAGGAGAUUGCUGGCCUGCCUGUAUCACAGACAAGAUCUUCUUUUAGCGGUCUUACAGACCACAGCAGUUGAAACGGGUGAGGAGGUUAUUUGGAUUAACUGGCUGAACACAAACAAUUACAGACUUCCAGUCACAGGAUUAUAGAACGUGAGACUUUUUCGUUGUAGUUUUUUUUUUUUUUUUGAACACUUGAAAUCAGGGUUGUUGCAGUUAAACUGCUACAUCUUCCUAGAAUCUGAAUCACCACUUAUGUAUUGCCAAGCAACACUAGGCUAGGGAUUAUGCCACUGGAUGCAAAACACAAAACGAAAACAUUUGUGAGCAAUCCUUCCUUGGAGUUAUCUGUUGGAAAAGCAGCAGUAGGAUUUGGUAGUCACAAAUUUAUGUUGGCUGGUAUUGUAAUUAAAGAUCAGGGCCAUCGCCAGUACAGUGCGUUUUGUGUCAACUCACAACUGAAUGCAAGUAUAAAGAGUUAUUUGUUGCUGCAGCUGACUGUAGAAUCAUACAUGUUGAAAAGAAAUACACCAUUAACUGUCCUUGCAACUGAGAUUCCCUGAUAACAAUUUUUCAUCAGAAAACAUAUGUGAGAACUUGUUUUAAUUAACACAUGUGCUUUUAAUAACAUAAGUAGUAAAAACACCCAAGGCAUAAAUCAGCACAAGUCUCAUUUGAAAUAAAAACAGUGAGAAGUAGCACCCGAUUUUACAGUCUAAAACCCAAAGAUAUACAAUAAUCAAUUAUAUAAAAGCGAGAAAAGAAGCAAAAUGUCUGAAACUAUUUUUGUCGAUUUGUCGAUUUGACUAAUCAAGUAUCGACUAAUCGUUUCAGGUCUAAUUGUUAAUGUCAACCAGAUAGUUCUGAUGCAACAAAUACGUUAAGAAAUCUUCUGAUAGCAUAAUAUCAGGAAGUCUCCAAUAUAUAUAUAUAUAUAUAUUUUAUUCGAGAUCGUGGCAUGGUAAGUGACUUCCGUAUUGAACAAAUGACCUUCGUUAGUAUGGUAACGUAACUUUAGACUUUCGUUGGAUUUAACCUGUAGAGAAAGACACCAGAUCAAAAGUACCUGAUCCGGGUCAUUUCUGUUUAAAUCUGCCCUUUGAAUUUAACAGGGUGUUUAAAGUGCCUUUCACACAGGACGCUGCGCUGCACUUGCGGCUGGGUUCAGCGCAUAUUGCGGCAUGCUGCACUGCGUCCACGCUUUGCUUGACGAAGUGCAAAGCUGUCGUGACGCUGUGCUAGCCAUUGGAAAUAAUGGGUUUCAGAGCGCUGUGGUGCUGUUGUGGUGUUCUGUGGGAAAGGCCCUUUAUUGUUUCAUUGCUUAUGAAAGAGACUUUUCAACAAUUAACUCUGGCCAAGUAAGGAAAAAAAAAAUAUCUGGUCCGGUUUUUAGUUUGGCCAAUUAUAUAAUUGUGUUUGCUUUGCUUAGGUAAUACCAAUCAUUCUUUGGUUAGUUAUUGUUUUGGAUAACGAGCUAGAUUUGGCUCCAAAGAUGAAUGAUAAAGUUUGAAAGUCACCGGUUUCACAACGCUUUUGCUGAUGUUGCAUGCUUUUCCUGUUGUCUUUCCACUGGCGUUUGCCUACAGCCACCUCCUUAUGUAUUUAACUACAAGAAUGAAGCUUCACCAAUGUGAAGUAGUACUGUGGAUUGGAGAUAGUAUGUGCAAACACUCUAUGUGACCUCAGUAUUUGUCCUGAAACUCAGGGGUUUUAAUAUGUCAUCUGGUUUUACUUUUUUUACUUGUAUUUUGCUCCAAAUACCAGCACCACAUCUUUUACAGUCCUUAACGCCAGACUGAGUGAGCUUUGAGGUUGUCUGUCGUCAUUAUUGCUCUUAAGCAACAAACACACACAUAGCACAGAUGUAACUGAGACAGAAGUUAUAGCUUAUUGGCUUUGAAAUGUUGCAGUAAUUUUGAUUGUUAAAAAUAUAUAUUCCCUGAUUAUUUAUUUUUUGUGAUAUAUGAAGCCACAAUAGCCAUGUGGCAGAAGUGCUUAAAAUGCAUUUUUUUUUUUUUCUUCUUUUUUUUUUUAAAGCACAUGCUCCUGGUCAAUAUCUGUGCCUUAUACUCCUGUUUGAAUGUGGUGUGAUGUCCAUGUGGUGUAGGUUGUUGCUUUUAUGGCCUUCAACCAAAGUAGUACGCAAACAUCUGGUCUUUAACCCCACAACUAUAUUUGACCAGUUUAAAUGCCAUAUACUGUAUAUCAACCAUUGUAAUUAAUAUGCAAAAUAUUUAUUUAUACUUCCCUGUGUGAUACAAAUUUUAAUUUUAACAUUAUUGUGUUAUCCUUAUAUACAUAAACAGUAGUAUACAUUUUGGGAAAUACUGGGUUUUUUUCUACAUAAUUGAGGGGAAUAAUCUUGAUUUAAUCUGAUUUCAUUCAGUACUUGUCAAGCCUAGCUGACCACAAAGACUGGAAGUACGUCUUUAGCCUUGCUUAGCACAAAGAAUGGAAACGGGGAAGCUGUUAGCUUAACUGGAGAGAUGACGUUUCCCAAUAAGACCAAAGUUGUCUUAUAUGUUGUUCGUUGGACACAUGCAGGAAAAAAUGUAAUUUGUAUAUGUGUGUGAGGGGGAUUUGAGUGCCCUGACAAUGACUUGGUCUACUGAUAUUAUUUUUUUAGAGUUAAUAUCUUUUAGAUGUCUGCUUUUAGACAAAAAAAUAAAUCCAUUAACAAUGGAUUUCUAAAAUACCGGCUAUGAUCUGGAUGCUAGCAGUUUCCUGCUUCCAGUCUUUGUGCUAACCUAGUUUAAAAAUGCCAGAGAUCGAUAAUUGUGCUGGGUGCCAAAUAGAUAUCAAACUUCUAAUUGGAUUAUUAUUGGUUUGAUGGGAACCCCAAAAUUCUGGACUGGCCCAUUUAAAAUUGCAUAUAUGUUGAAAUUAAUAUAUUUUCUGUUUAUUUUCAGUCUGAGUUGUGUUUAAGGCAGAUUUGAACCGAUGUCACUGUCCAAUGAAGCCGUUUGAUUCAACACCUCCCAAUAUUUGUCUUGCUUUAGCUCCCUACCUUGAGCGAGCGGGAUGGCCCUGCUUUUCUGUUCUGAAUAUGCAUUCUCUACUCUCACGAUCUGGAUGUGCGAUCAACCUUUGUGCCAUUGGUCGGACAUGCAAAUGUGCUCCCUGUGCUGCAGUAUGAAAGCCACUGUUCUGUAAAAAGAUUGUGCCUCUGUCAUGAUGAAUCUGGGUGCUUCACUUUCACUAGAUUUUAAAUAAACUGAAUGCUGAUGACUGAA